CUUCUCUCUAAAAUACUUGCUGCCAUCAAACUUUGUCUCGAUCACCAAACCAACUCUUUUCCCGUGUUCCGGUCACCGUUCAACCACCUCUAGCAUCGGAUAACUUGAUGUGGGUCCGAAAGCAUCAUCUCGACGUCCUUUCCUCCAUUAGCGCUGAGUUCUAACGAAGAUAACCCAACUCUCUCUCGAUCGCAUCGCAGCACCUACCCAUCACCUGCUCCCGAUUUCCGAUCACCUCUCAUCGAUCUCAAGCUGACGAAGCCUCCUUUGACCUCUAACUGCCAACGAGAUGCUUUCCUCUUCCUUUCUGAUGCUGAGAAAGCUGCGAAUCGCAACCUUUGUCACUUCACUGCUGUCGUAGUGAUAGUCAUUAAACUUCGGAGAAGUCAAGCUUUUCUGAUGAAGGCUAUCAAUUAGCUAUGAGUUUGAGGUGAAUGAGCCAAUUCCUUCAUGACUAGAAUUCCUUCAUGACUAGGUAAUGAAGGGUUAACGUGAGAGGGUUGCCUCAAAAUGUUCUUAUAAAAGUGCAAUUGAUACGCCAAAUAAAUCUCUAACAUCCGAUUGUUCAGACCAAUCAGGUUCCAGUGGUGAUAGUACGGCAGCCAACUCUAAGCCAUCAGCGAACUAUCAUCACCCCGAAGGCAAGUAAAAGUUGAACUUUAAUAAGAGUUACAAUGGCCGGUGAUAGAAGCAAAAGAAAUGAUGCUUCAGCAAUUCUGCCUCGAAAAAUCAAUGUGCAGAAAUUCGCAGAAUCCCGUUCUUCUGCGCUUGAGACUCUUCACUCAAUCAUCUCGGACCGAUUGAACAACGAUUUCCGGUCUCGAAGAAACAAGAGAAGAAGAACCACUGCCUAUGACAAUCUAGUUAAGAAGAAACAUAGAAAAAGGAGGAAAUUAGUGGAUAAAAGCAAUGCUGUGGAUUUCGAGAAAGUCAAGGAAAGAGUUCCUCCUCGCCGCCUUCGUCGGAGGAUGGAACUUAGAAAGAAUCCUGAAAGUGGUUUCUCUACUUCAGGGGAUGGGACUAAGAGACUGAGGACUCAUGUUUGGCAUGCGAAAAGGUUCACUAUGACAAAGCUGUGGGGUUUUCACCUUCCUCUGGGUUUGCAGGGCAGAGGAAGAGGUUCUAGGGCUUUACUGAGGUGGUACAAGCAUGGAGCACUUGUGCAUGAUGCUAGCUAUUAUACUGCUGUGCAAUUAGAGGGUCCAGAGGAGUCAUUAAUGUCAGUACUAAGGAUGGUGCUGGAACCUUCUCCAUCUACUCAUUCUGACGAAGUUACCAAUGCUAUUCUUUCUGGUGUUACUUAUGGGACUGCCAUGCUUCGUCAUGUUGGAGCUAAUGUUUCUCAGUUGAUAGCUCCUGUGACUUAUAUGUGGCAACCUUCUCAUCUUUGGAAUGGAGAAAACCGUGGUAAUGAAAAUAAUUAUGAUGGAAGCAAUAAGCCACUAAGUUCUGAAUCUUGUCCUUCCGGUCGCCAGCUUUGGGUGUGGAUACAUGCUUCAGCUUUUAGCGAGGGAUAUGACGCUCUGAAAUCCGCUUCUCAGAAACAGAUGAAUGAGAGUGGCAUGUUGGUAAAUUGUUUCUCGCUUGAAGGUCAACUUGCAAAAUUGGAGGUAAUGGGAUCAGGGGCAUUCCAACUUCUUCAAAAGAUAUUGCAUCCUGUUUCUUGUGAAUCAAAUAAUUCUUUUCUACUGAAGAAAUGUUCUAUUGGAGAGGCAAAAGAUGAGUCUGAAUUUAAGAAGUCCAUACUUGAAAACGAAAAGAAUAUUUCUUCAUGUUCAGUUUUAUAUUUUACAGCCAUGGAUCCUCGAGUGCUGCCUGAGGAAAAGAUGGCUGAUGUUCUCGUGGCAGCUCCUACUGUUACAAAUUAUGUAUCAGAAGAGGAACCCAGAAGGGAUGUAACUCUACCUGGAAGUUCAGAAAAGAGUAAAGUAUUACUUUUGCCUUCAUGUUCAAAACCUGAAGGGGACAACAGUUUCUCUGACAAGAGGAAUCUGUGGGAUGCUAGCUGUAGAAUAAGUAACCCAUUGGAAGAGAAUAUUCUUUGCCUGGAAAAACACCGUUUGUAUAUGGAUUCUAUUUGCCUUGAGGAUCGAAAAUCAGAGAUAAUGAGUGCUUCAACUAAGGUGCAGGGUUCAAGAUCUUGUGCUGUUGUGCUUCUUAAAAACAAUGAUCAAACAGGCUCGUUCAUGGGAUGGUCAAUAAUACUCCCCUUAUGCUGGGUCAAGGUCUUCUGGAUUCCUUUUGUCUCCAAGGGGGCUCAUGCCAUAGGUCUUAGAGAGAAGCGGUGGAUUUCAUGUGAAGCCAGGUUACCAUUUUUUCCUUCAGAUUUUCCUGACUGUAAUGCAUACUUGUCUUUUAUGGCAACUGAAGCUGUUGCUCUACACCAAAAAGCAGAACGGUUAUGUCAUGCUGUAAGACCCUUGAAACUGCCUAUUCCACCCCCAUGGGAUAGUGUCCGUGUUACUGUUGACAAGAUGUGCGUUGCAGGACAAGAUGCUUCAGUUUCGACUGCAAAAGAUAUGAUUGAUUAUAAUUUAUCAUUGAACUCCGGAUGCAGGGAUAGUUGCACGGCAUCAUCAUUAAGAGUUGAUGGUAACUCGUUUGAUGGAAUUGUUGCAAGGACAUCCAGUAUACUAACUGAUUUCUUGAAUGAAAUCAACAGUGACAAUUUACUAUUAUUUCCUCAAGUUCCAGAAAGGAAGCUGAGUCUUGUAGAGGUUAUGAAAGAUGAGAGCAAGUUUGGUCAACUUCAUAAUGGUAUUCAAAUUACUUGUGACCGUAAAUUAUGUUUUGUUAGAGUUCUCCUCCAUGCAUACAAGGAAGGUGUUUUUGAAGAGGGUGCGGUUGUAUGUGCACCUUGCCUCAGUGAUGUAUCAUUAUGGACUCUCAGAUCGAAAAAUAAUGAGGCUAGAUUUCAAAUUCCAGAGUCUUCUGUAUGGUCAUACUUCAAAGAGCAAUCUUCUGGUAAGUGGGAGCUCCAGAUUCCAGAAGACUGUCUUGCUAGAGAAUCUCAUCGAUGGCCUAUUGGUUUUGUUACAACUGGAUUUGUUCGAGGGAGCAAGAAGCCAGUGGCAGAGGCCUUAUGUGAAAUUGUUUUACUUGCUCGUCUUAGGGAAGAGCAAUGGAAUGAAUUGCCUGUGAAACAAAGGAGGAAGGAAAUAUAUGUUCUUGUCAGGAGCUUGAGAUCAUCAGCAUAUAGACUCGGUCUUGCAUCCAUAGCCCUUGAACAACAAGAGGAAGAUGUAGAAUUCUUGUGAUGAUUUUUGACAUUUAUUUAUUUGUUAGGAGGUUUUCUUAGUUACAGGUACAUUUUGUCAAGUAAUUAUAAUUUUUGUGUGUGCAAAAAUAUGUUUAUCUUCUGUUGUUUUUGUAAUCUUCAUUGCCUGUAUAAUUUUGGUGUGGCCUUAGUAAUUUUGUUCCUGAAGCAGCAAA